AUGAAGGCCUCUCUGCUGUCCGUCGCCCUGGCGCUCGCUCGCGGCGCCGUGGCCUGGAAGCACGUCUCCGACUGCGACGACAUCAAGUACUCGUCGGUUCCGGGCUUCUUCCUCCAGGACGACCCGAGCACUGACCCCGGCAGCUUCGACUAUGCCGCCUUCAACUUUGGUCUCAUCAACAGGACCUACCCCACAGAUGCCAGGUUCGAUCCUCACCACAGGAAGACCCAGUGGCAGCGCUUCGCCCACUACGUCGAGUCGCUCAACAGCGAGUGCCGCAAGGAGGACAAGAGCACCUACAAGGUGCUCUUCAUGGGCCGCCACGGCGAGGGAUGGCACAACACUGCCGAAAGCUUUUACGGCACUCCCGCCUGGAAUUGCUACUGGGCCGAGCAAGAUGGCAACGGCACUUCCACCUGGGCUGACCCUGAACUGACCCCCAACGGCAUUCAGCAGACUACCAAGGCCAACGCCUACUUCAAGUCGCGCUUCGAGCAGGAAGGCCUCCCCUUUUUUGAGUCGUACUACAGCUCGCCUCUCAAGCGCUGCCUCCAGACGGCCCAAUUCACCUUUGCCAACCAGAAGCUACCUCGCUCACACCCCUUCAAACCCGUCAUCAAGGAGCUGUUUCGCGAGAGCAUCAGCAUCCACACCUGCGACCGCCGCUCCACCAAGUCUCAGAUUCACGCCUACGCUCCCAACUUUGAGUUCGAGGCUGGCUUCACCGAGGAGGACCUGCUGUGGCGCGGCAAAGAGGACGAGGGCGAGACGCCUGCUCACCAGGUCGCCCGUUCCAAGGAGGCGAUUGACGACGUCUUUUCGCACGACGACAACACCUGGAUUAGCAUCACCAGCCACUCGGGCGAGAUUGGCGCCAUUCUCACCGUGCUCAACCACCGCUCCUUCAGCCUGUCCACAGGCCAGAUCAUCCCCGUCCUGGUCAAGGCUGAGCUGGUUGAGCCCACGGUUGAGCCCACCAGCACCUACGCCUCCUUUACCACCGAGCCCACCUGCAAAUCUCCUCCCAUUACCAGCAUUUCCGGCCAGGGCUGCGUGUGCGCUACUGGCACCACCACCUUUACGACCGCUACUAUUACCCCCAAACCCAAGCCUCAUCGCGAUUUGUAA